CUCAUGGUUGGUGUUUUUUGAAUUUCCGGUUUGUUUUGAUGGCUGCAACACAUGAUUAAAAAUGUCAUACUCUUACAUGUACAGUAGAACAAAGGUUGAGCUGAGCAGUGCUGGGAAGUUAUUCAAUGCGUUACUGGAGGAAAACGAAGACGCCAUUGCCUUAGAGCUAGAACAUGGAGCCAACCCUAAUCUGCUGCUGCCAGAAGAAGGUAUAACGCCAUUUCAUUAUGUUGUUGGAGGAGCAGAAGAUAAGCAAGACCUCACAGCCCUGUUCCUGUGUUAUCAUGCCAACCCUAAUGUCAGAUCAUCAGAGGGCCUCACUCCACUGCACGUUGCCGCUACAUGGGGAAGGGAAGAAUCUGUUCGGCUCCUUCUACAGAAUGGUGCCAGUCCAAAUGCUCAGGAUGAGAAUGGCCAAACAGCUCUUGAGAUGGCAUUUGAGAAGGGACACCUAAAUAUCAUCUCCAUUAUUCAAGCAUCUGCAGUUUGCGAUGAAAAGGAAGAGGAGUCGGAACUGCCCAAAUAUGUCAAACAAUUACGGUGCAUUAUAGACAGUGAAGCUCUCCCUCGAUGUUCCAACUCUGAAAAGCUCACUCAGGACAUGAUAGAUGAAGUGACGCAUGGUGUUGGCAACCUCAUGCGGGACAGCAGCUUUGAUUCUGAUACAGACAACUCUCUUGUUAGACCUGCGAACAAUGGGAAACAAAGAGCGGACGACUGGUCUAGAUCCAACUGUUCUCUCUCCAAGGACAAGUAUCUUCCUCAAGGUAUUGGAGAAGGCUUCAUGAAGGCCAGUUUCGAAUCUGAUGAUUCUGGAGCAGAGAACCAUUCGUAUGAUAACAUAUCUAGUGAAGAUAACCAUUUGUGUGUUUACAAAUCUAGCGGAGAUGACCAUUUGUGUAUUAACAGAUCUGGAAAAGAAGACAAUUUGUGUGUUAACAGUUCUAGAGAAGAUGACCAUUUGUGUGUCAAUAGGUCUAGAGCAGAAGAUCAUUUGUGUGUUAACAGAUCUAGAGCAGACGGUGAUGGUGCUUGUACAUGUAGCUUGAAUGUUACACAGGAAUUGCAGAAACUCUUGGAAGAUAUCGAGGGGCAGGGUGCCGAUCCAAAUGGUACGGCAGAACUUGAACAAAUCUUGCAUAAUUUGACUUUUUCGAAGCAUAGAAUUGACGUCACUUCCCCUGACCACCCUUGUGUUCAAGUCAAAUCUGAUCUAGAUAUGGCAAGCGACUUGGAUGCAACCAUUGCAACGUCAAGUUCAGGUAGUUAUCAUUCAUGUGAGGAAGGUGUUCAAAAUGGCAAUGAACUUGAGGACAUGCAUACAAAUGCUGGUGGUGUCGACACAAGGGUCAACAUGACACUGGUACAUUCAAAAUUGAAUGAAACUUUUACGCUUGAUUCAGAGGGCAACAUCAUUGAUGCUCAGUUUGAAGGUGUUCAAGAAGAUAAGCCAAAUGAACUUGUUUUAUUGCGUGACAAAAUCAUGCCCCCGCCUUCUGCUUCUUGCAUUCCUAGUAUAACGUUUUCAACAGUUCCUCGGGUUGUGACAGAAAAAAAUCCCUUUACAAAAGUAAACCGCCAUGGUUCACCAUUGUCAGGGCAGUUUGAUGAUGCUGACAGCCUGCUUAGUGAAGACAUCUCCUUGCUAUCAUCAGAUCACUCGAGUGGUCAUUCAAGUCUUUCAGACUCUACCAUAAUAUAUGAAUACCAGUAUACGGACAUUGAAGAUGGCCAUGAACUGAUUGAGAGACACUUUGUCUCAAGAUCUGUGACACCGAGCCCGGACACCACUGUCUGUUGCUGCAACUCCUAUGACAGUGCACCAUCAGUGGCCUCAAGUCUUCCCUCGGUGGCGUCCAGUGUGCGGAGACUCGAUAAUCUUCAAGUACGUGAAAUGCUGCAGAAUUUGGGUGAUGUUCCAGGACCGGUGACUGAAUCAACACGCCUUGUGUACCUAAGACGAUUGACACAUUUGAGGAAAGAUCCUUCUGCCCCAAGAAGAGUUGUGAAACCGACUUGUUCAGGCUACUCCCAACAGCUGUCAACCAUUCUCCAAGGAAGCGAUGACCUCUCUGUUAAAGACUUCACUGCUAUUGAUGAGCAGGAGAUGAGUUCAAGCUUCAGUGAUCCAACAAGGACCUGGCGAGAAGGAUCCCUAAAAGCUUCUUUCAAUUAUCUUCUGCUGGAUUCAUCUGUCACGCAAAAUCUUCCCAUGGCGACUAAUCUUACCGAGCAUGAGAAGUUCAAAAUAUUCAUCAGCGCCGUGUUAUACAUCGGAAAGGGCAAGCGAUCUCGUCCUUAUUGUCAUUUUUAUGAAGCUUUGGACAGCAGGAAAAAAGGCUGUACCGGUAAUGGCAAGGUGUCGAACAAAGUGGAACGAAUCCUUGAUAUUUGGAACCAAGGCCUUGGAGUUGUGUCUCUCCAUGUUUAUCAGAAUGUGUUACCCGUGGAGGCGUACACUCGAGAGGCUGCCAUGAUCGAUGCGAUGGGCAUGGCGAAUCUCACAAACAUUCAGAAGGGAAACUAUUAUGGUGUGGCGUCCACAUGGACUCCCAACAAAAAGCGAGAUCUUGGAACGUUUCUUCUGUUGAAGGCUUUCCAUAUCUUCAUGCUGGAAGGUGAGAGACAGAUUCGACCAGGAGAUAUAAAGACAGGCGAGUAAGUGUUGUCUGCAUGCCUGCAAUUUGCUAAAUUGUGCAUGCGUUGCUUUGGAACUAAACGCGUUUAAGGGUAUAUCUGGACAUGAAAUAUUCGUCUCGAUUCAUCGCUGUAUCGCCAAUGAUGAAAAACCCUGUUUUGGCAUAAAGCAGCGGAAAAGUCACAGACAAAAUGUUUUUAUAUCAGCGUGAUUUGUAAUUUGUAGCUCAGAGCAAUUUGUAUGUCAUGAAUGACAUUGGUUUAUUUCCCAUUCCUGUUUUUGUCAUGACAUUACACAGCCCUUAAAAUAUGUUGUUGCAAUCCGACAUUUGAAGUAAAAGCUUGGGGAAAUGUGUGGUAAUAUCCCAAUAUCAUCUUGUGCAUUUGGAAAGAAGUGUUAAUGGAUCCAGGUUUCUCAUGAGAAUGUCGAGUCCAGAUAUACGCUUUAAAUGGAUGUUGAUUUACUUCUUUAGUUUAUAUGACUGCCAUUGUAAGACAACGGCUACAUUUUACAUGUAUAUUAACAUACUUCUGAUCUGAGGAAAAACAAAAUAUUGUCAUGUAUAGACAUACAAGUUUCAUUUGUUGAGUUGAACGUGUUAAUAGGUUUACUUGGUGUACGCUUACUUAUUUGUUAUUGCAAAACUUGUUAUCUGUGCAUUUUAAGAAUCUGGUUCUUCUGAAAAUGGUUGUAACCUCAGUAAUGCAUUCCUGGUGCCGACCUUAUCCCAAAAUGUACAACAGAUUUGGCCUUCAAGGGUAAUUAUAAUAUAGAUCUAAAUGUAUGGUAGAACCUCUACAUUAAAAGGACACUGUACUGUACAUGCAAAUGAAGAGGUGACCCACAGGUCAUAACAGAUAAAGUUGAAUAGAAAGAACCAAAGUGGGACUAAAAAAUUUAGUAUCCAUGCUAGAGAGAGUUCCCCUUCCCCUAGGGAGGUUCCACUGACUGCUCCUGUUAGUGCCCUGAUGUUCGUGGAUUUGUAUUCAGAAUAAAUGUUGAAAUUAUGUGCAAUAUCUUGAAAUAAUGAUAAAAAUUUGGAUACCAAAACACUGGAUGUCAGAUAGGAUUAGUACUGAACAUAAGAUUAGGACUGUAGUGGUUAACCCUUUGGAGUCUUAAGCUGAAGUGAAAUAGAAUUCCUGAUUUUCCCACUGCAGCAUAUCAUGUCUGUGUUUAACAUUUUCAAGGACUGCAUAACCCUGCCCUAAAUCAUGUCAAGAAUGCCCACAAGCUAUCAAGAUUUGUUAUAAGAUGGUGCAUCUGUCAAUUCGAAAAUGACCAUUCAGGCUCCAAAGGGUUAAUAUUGGAUGCAUAAAUUUAUAAUAACACUGUUUUUUUAUUGUUUAUCACACCUUGUGAAUCUUGUACUGCUGCUAAAAUUGUCACUGUUUUUAUGUAUGACAUUUUUCUUCGGCAAACAUAAUGCUCACAAUGA